AUGAUUGAAGGAAACUUUCUCAUUCCUUUGUCUCCACCUACCUCGCCUCACAUGUCUGCGUACAGCUCGACUGCAGCAGACAACGAGUGGCAAUCAUCAGAAUCCAGGACACUUGAACACACACCACCACAUUCCGAUAACGACAUGGCAAUGCUCCACGCGGACGUCUCCGGACACCACUUUGAUAUGAAGCGGCCAUCAAUGCGAUCACACAAGAGCUUCCCAUAUCUGCUCGACAGCAAGAACCACCUCAACGCUGGCACUGACACACCAACUGGCCUGGACGACAUUGAGCAGCACGACAUCCCAAAUGUGACCUUUGGCGGCUCUGCUCCCACAAGCCCAAUCUCCCGGCUCACUCCCCCUUCAACAAACGACGGCGUGACUGCUGGCAAGGUUGAUGACCAAGACCAAGAAGACGAUCUCUUCUCAGACGACAAAGACGACUGUGGUGAUGACGAGAGCAAAGAUGAGGACCGACCACCAAUGUCAGCUGCCGAGAUCCGGGCGGCGAAGCGCAAGAUGAAGAGGUUCCGCCUUACGCACAACCAGACUCGCUUCCUCAUGAGCGAGUUUGCCCGUCAAGCCCACCCAGAUGCUGCUCACCGCGAGCGGUUGGCCCGCGAGAUUCCCGGUCUCAGCCCUCGUCAAGUCCAAGUUUGGUUCCAGAACAGGCGUGCGAAGCUCAAGCGCUUGACAAGCGACGACCGCGAGCGUAUGAUGAGGUCUCGCGCACUCCCAGAUGACUUCGACAUGGCUUCCGCUCUGCACGCUCCCUUUGGCAACUCACAAGGUCUUGGUACACCUCUUGCCUCGCCUGGAUCCUACCAACCAAGCUACGCAGAGGGCAACAUGAUGCGACCGCUGAGCAUCGACACGUUCCGUCGCGGACCACUCGACUCUCACAUGUCACCCACGGGCAUCACCCCUGCUUUUGGCGGCUUCUCCUUCACACCCCCACAGUCGGCCACAGAGGCAAUCUCGCCAGUAUCAGCCCACGAAGGGUCACCCUUUGGAUUCCACUCAGCACCGCUCGAGGCUAGCCCAAGAACAUCAAACCCCUUCUCCAUGCCCGUCAGCAACCCUCCUGCCUACGCUGCCAACCACAGCAUCCCUCGUCUUUCACUACAUGCCGACCGUAUCUCGAGGAGCCGCGCAGAGUCCCUGCAGUCGCCCCUAAGGACUAGCAUGAGCUACACUAGUGUCGGUGACCACCCCACCACACCAGGCUCACAUGGCCACCCCGAUAGUGCACGGUCGUACCCGAGCACCUCAAUGCCCUAUGGCCUUGGAUAUUCAUAUGCGCCGGUGCCGGGCUUCGGCGCUUCUAACGGCCGAAUGCGCUCUUUCUCUAACGGCGUUCCCCGUCGCAUCGAGCUGAGCAACUUCACACCCCAGCGCAACGGAUCCACACCUCAAACGGCCCAUUUCCCUUCCUUUUCUAGCUCACCACUUGUUACCCAAAGCUUUGCCAUGCCCCAGAUGAGUGCACCUCACCACUUGUCGACCUUUCCCAACUCGUACAUGCGAAAUGAUUCCGCCCAUAACGACACAUACGCUUCGUCCCUUGGAGACGUCAUGGAGAACGCUAGCCAGCACAGCGACGACCACCAUUCCAACAGUCAAUAUUAA